AGUCUGGGAACGCUGACCCUAAUCGAAGAGGAAAGUUGGUUGAAACUCGGGGUUAGGGGGGGGCUGCCCGCUCUGCUGUCAUCAGAUUAACCACCGGAUCAAGUAGUUUCGCCCCGGACUGCUCUUCUAAUGUCGGAUUUCAAGCUGGGGAUUGUUCGCCUUGGCCGUGUGGCCGGGAAGACGAAGUACACUCUGAUUGAUGAGCAGGACAUACCACUGGUGGAAAACUAUGCCUUUGAGGCCCGCAUGGAGGUUGACGCAGAUGGCAACGGAGCAAAAAUCUUUGCUUACGCCUUCGACAUUAGCAAGGGUCGCUGGGCUGGUCGACCUCUGCAUGAGUUGCUCUGGGAAAAGCACAGAGGUGGGAUUGCCCCCAGCUUCCAAGUCGUCCAUAUAAAUUCGGUCACGGUGGACAACCGUCUAGACAACCUGCGCCUUGUUCCUGUUGGCUGGACUCCCAAACCGGAGGAGUUGUCCAGCAAGCAAAGAGAGCAGUCGCUGUACUGGCUGGCCAUCCAGCAGGUGCCAGCAGACCCGGUCGAAGAGCAAUACCUGGAGCUAAGCCGCACGCGCUACUACAACGCCAACGGAGAGCUGGUGGAGGAAGAGGAGUGCUCCUGUACUUACUACGAAUGUCACUAUCCCCCCUGCUCACUCAUUGAGAGAAGGCUUCGAGAGUUCAACAUCUGUGGCCGAUGCCAGGUGGCGCGCUACUGCGGCUCUCAGUGUCAGCAGAGGGAUUGGCCGGCCCACAAGAAGCAGUGUCGCGAACGCAAGAGGGUUCUGGCCUUGGAGUCCGAACCGGAGCGGUGAUCCCCUGAACCCUGAAAACACGCACAGGGUCACGGGGGCUGUGGGAUAAGACUUGUAAAGCUGAAAUGCAAAAACAUCAAAUCUACUGACUGACUGACUGACUAACGGGACGGGUGAUGCGUCGGUGGGUGAGGCGGGCUUGCCGGGGUGGGGAUCGAAAACCU